AUGGACCCCCCUCCCCCGGACGAAGCCGGGGGCCAGGCCUGGCUCAGGAAUAACCCUUGGAAGACGGUGGCCAUGAAGAUCUCUCUGCUGCUGGUGUCCCUGCUCCUGGCAGUGGUGCUAGGAGACAAGGAAGAGAGUCAUUCCAGUUCUCUCCCCUCCCCGCCCCGCAGAGUCCAUGCGAAGGUCAGAGGCUCUACACCUCGAGGCCGCAGGUAUGCCGAGGGGACUUUCAUCAGUGACUACAGUAUCGCCAUGGACAAGAUCCGCCAACAAGACUUCGUGGACUGGCUGCUGGCACAGAAGGGGAAGAAGAAUGACUGGAAACACAACAUCACUCAGAGGGAGGCCCAGGCCCUAGAGCUGGCCCAUCAAUCUAACAGGAAGAAGGAGGCCAGGGAGCAGCAGGGCUCCCUACCCAUGAAGCCCAGUGAUGAAGAUCUGCUGAAGGACUUACUGAUUCAAGAGCUGCUGGCCUGGAUGGUGGAUCACACGGAGCUCUGCAGGCUCAGGUGGCAGAGGUUUCAGUGA